AAUUUUUUUUUGUGUAACUGAAGAUAGUUGUUGUUGUUGAUGAUGAUGUCUUUUCGUACAAUUCUUUCUUAUUCAUAUUGAAUAUAUUCACGAGUAUUAAUAUCAUCGAUAAAAUUUAGUCUUUUAGCAAUAUUUUAUGUUUUUCUUUUACUUUCUUAUUCUCAUCUAAUUUAUUUACAAGUAUUAUUAUCACCCGAUUUCAACAAUUUUUUUAUCUCUAAUCUACAAAUUAAAAAUGAGGAGAGCCAUUUUUACUUCGAGAUGCACUAGUAGAUCAUAUAUACAUUACGAAAAUCACUUUAAGGAAUAAUAUGGUAUUUUGCUUGAAGUUUAAUAUUAAUUAAGUUAUUUUAUUUAAAAUUUUGUAUUUUAAUAUAAUAUUUUAUUAAUUAUUAUUGUUGUAAUAUGUUUAUACAUGUGCUAGUUAUUUAUAUUUUUUUUAUGAAUUCAAAUUAGUUAUGACAAAUAUAAGGACCAUAUUAUAAAAUACAAAUAAUUUUGAAGCUGAGUUUGAAGUUUUGCUUUUGGAGAAUAACACCUUUAAACUUCAAAUAUAAAGUUUUGAAAACUUCAAAAUAGAGUUCCUUUUUGGAGAUGCUCUCUCUAUUCUAUAUCAAGUUGUAAGUGUUGUGUACAAUUUUUUAGCUGAUAAAUUGAUUAGAGUAAAUCACACAAAAUAUGUUUAGGAAGAAUAUCAUUAGACUCUUGAGAAUUAUGUUACAAAGAUGCAUAUUGCUUAUAUAGUAAUGGAAAAAACUAAUUCUAAUUUGGUAUUUUUUUAUCAAUGUUUUUAGAUUUGUUUCUAUUUUCUAGAUCUUUUUUUGGAUCUCAUACUGUACUCAUUGGGCAUACUAAAGAUAUCUUGUAAUUUUUUUUCCAAUAUUAUGCAUAAUUUGUUUUUUCGAAGAUUGAAACCAAGAGCAGUUGUAGAAGCAUUAAUGAACUUUUGGUCAAACUACCAGACCAAAGGGUUUUUUUUUUCACAUUUCUAGAUCUUUUCUUAUCUUUUUCUAUUUUUCAUAAUCUCCAAAUAUUAACAAACAAUUCUCAGCACACAAAAGGGGAAAAACUGAAAAGUCAACAAAAGAUUUCAUAGAAGAAAGAUUCUACUUUGUGUUUUUUGGUCUCAAAAAGACUACUCGUACUCCAAACUUCUUUUGAGUCAACGGCUGAGUAAAGAUAAAUGCGUCUUGGAUUUUAUGUUUCAAGAACAAGAAGCUGAGAAACCACAAAGGUAAAUAUCAAGAAACAAGAACUCUGAUCAAGACAAAGGUUUUGUCUCCACUGAGGGUCACAAUCUUUUCUUCUUCGUUCUUGAUCAGAUGGGAUCUACACUCCACCCUGACUGGACAGAAUUGAUUCGAGAAUGUCUCAUCGACAUCUUCUCACGGUUAAGCACGGGGAAACGAUGGAACGGACCGAUGCUUGUCUGCAAGAAGUGGAUGAACGUUUGCCAAGACACGUCCCUCAACACUGUCUUGGAUCUCGAAUCUGAGUUUCUGACCUCCACCAAUACGACCUACUGGUGGAGUCCUGAGUUCGAGGAAAAAGUUGACACAACCAUCCGGUCUGUUGUGGAUCAGAGCCAGGGCGAACUCAGGGAGCUUCGAGUCAGGCAUUGUACGAAUCAGUCUCUCUCCUACGUCGCCGAGAGGUGUCCUAAUCUUGAGGUACUUUGGGUUAAGUACAGCCCAAAGGUUACUAUUGAGUCCAUGAAGAAGAUUGCAUUAAACUGCCCCAAGCUUAAAGAGCUUGAUAUAAGCUGCUCUUAUGAAAUAUCUUGUGAGUGCAUGGAACUAGUUGGUACAAACUGCAAGAAUCUUCAGGUCCUGAAACGGAACUUGAUGCAGCCUUCAGAGGUGGCAAGGUUAAGGCGUUAUGCCUACGUGAAGAAGCAGUAUCUAUCUGUUGAAACUUUAGGAAACGUUGAUGCGUAUACGAUUGGGAGACACAUGCAUCAGCUGAAGCACCUGGAACUUCGAAACUCCACAUUGACUGAUAAAGCUUUUGCUCAUCUUUGUAAAAGAUGUUCGGAUCUUGAGUACUUGGACUUGGUCGGGAGUAGUUAUCUGACUAGCGUUGGUGUUGCUAAUGGUACCUCGAGCUUGAAGAAUCUGAAGGAGAUCAAGAAACCAGAUUUUGCAGCCACUGUGUUCUACUAGUUGAACACAUAGUUUUGUUAUUUUGUUGGCUGAGUUUAAGCAUUUUGGUUUUCUAUUCCUUUUUUCAUGUCAUAUACUCUCUUUGCUUAAAUAUAAUCAUAUCCUCUUA